AUGGAAUGAAAUAUAAAUUAUUCUUUAUUUCAAUAAUUCUUACUAAACCUAAUAAUAUUGUUUUAAAAUAUCCUCUUAUUUAACAAAAAUAAAAAUAAUAUCGUUGUAAUACUUUACAUGAGUCAUCCUGGUUGUGUAAUGCUCCCGAAACUUAUCGGGAAAUCGUGGAGAUAAUUACGACGAUUUGGACUAUAUUUUCGACGGACGUGGCAGAGCACUUCCGGAGGACGAUUUCGAAGAUGAUUUUGUUUUGAAUCAACGCCGGUACAAAGAACGUGCCGCGGCUGCCUUCGAGGAAGAUUUGGCCGAAUUGAGACGCAAGAGAAGAGACAUGCAGGACCGUAUUUUCGACGUAAUCGAUUUGAACGCCGAAAUUGAGAAGGCCAAAAACACGUUAGAAGCCGCCGACAAUGCUUUCCAAAAACACGCAACUAAAUUCGAUAAUAACGAGGACGAUCAAGACAACAUAACUCUAACACAGAAACUCGAUAGAUCACGAAAAUUGGCUAAUAUGGAACUCGUACCAGAAAAAUCUAAAGCCAAACCACAAAUUAUAUUACAAUGGGCAAGAAUGCAAAACGUAGAACCGGAAAUAACAACGGUUCGAGCUUCCAAAGGAAGAGCUCGAUUUAAUUCUUUGGCCGAUGCUAAUGAAUUUAUUGAAGAUCCAUUAGAUGUUCUUGCCAUGCAGCCGAUAAAAAGAAAGUUUCUGAAAAGGAAGAAGAGCGUCUCCUUUUAAAAAACUUUAUUCGUAAUCGCGAUUGGAUCGGACUGAAUUUGUUGUUUGAUAUAACCCUUUUCAAAUGUGUAUUUUAAUUGAAACUGUAUAUACAUAUAUAU